CCUUUGGGAGCCUAUCCAUGGACGAAGCUGUAGUCCAAGUGCAUGUCCCACCGUGUUAAUUCUCUGGAAAGAAAGGACAGCAUGGACAAGCACAAACCGAAAACAUUUUAUGAGCGGGAUAUGGUGAUCCUAGCUAAGUGCAAGUUCGUUUGGGGGCCCUGCGCACGGCAGCAAGCAUAGUCGUAAAGCGCACUGUAGUGCCCGGAGCGCGGCCUCUCCAAUUCCACAGAGUUGGUCUCGCAGCCUGUAGGGGCCGUGAAUACCAAGACAACAUGAACGUGGCUAUGCGUAAUGCUAGGCCUGCCGCGCCCGCUCGGGCGUCGUGCGGCAGGCGUGCAGUUGUUGUGAAGGCUGUAUCCACGCCCGAGAAGGCUGGCACGGUCAACGUGGCCCGCAAUGAGAACUUCGGCAAGCUGCGUGCUGGCUAUCUCUUCCCUGAGAUCGCUCGCCGGCGUAAGGCCCACCAGGAGAAGAACCCAGAUGCCAAGAUCAUCUCGCUGGGUAUCGGUGACACGACGGAGCCGCUGCCGCCGUACAUCGCCAACGCCAUGGCGCAGGCCGCGGCGGGACUGGCCACCCGGGAGGGGUACAGCGGAUACGGCGCGGAGCAGGGCCAGGGCGCUCUUCGUGAGGCCGUUGCAUCCACCUUCUACUCUGGCCUUCGUACGGCAGAUGAGAUCUUCAUCUCGGAUGGAUCCAAGUGUGACAUUGCUCGCAUUCAAAUGAUGUUUGGAUCCAAGCCCACGGUUGCCGUACAGGAUCCCUCCUACCCCGUGUACGUGGACACGAGUGUGAUGAUGGGCAUGACGGGCGACCACAACGGCACCGGCUUCGACGGCAUCGAGUACAUGGUGUGCAACCCGGACAACUCGUUCUUCCCGGACCUGUCCAAGGCCAAGCGCACCGACAUCAUCUUCUUCUGCUCGCCCAACAACCCCACCGGCGCCGCCGCCACCCGCGCCCAGCUCACCGAGCUAGUCGCCUUUGCGAAGCGGAACGGAUCCAUCCUGGUGUACGACGCGGCGUAUGCGCUGUACAUCAGCAACCCCGACUGCCCCAAGACGAUCUACGAGAUCCCUGGUGCCGAGGAGGUGGCUCUGGAGACGUGCUCCUUCUCCAAGUACGCGGGCUUCACGGGCGUGCGGCUGGGCUGGACGGUGGUGCCCAAGGCGCUCAAGUACGCUGACGGCACCCCGGUGCACACCGACUGGAACCGCGUCAUGACCACCUGCUUUAACGGGGCAUCCAACAUCGUGCAGGCCGGCGGUCUCGCCUGCCUGCAGCCGGAGGGGCUCAAGGAGAUGAAGGCCAUGAUUGAGUUCUACAAGGAGAACGCGCGCAUCCUCAAGGCGACCUUCCUCGAAAUGGGUUUCAAGGUGUACGGCGGAGACGAUGCACCAUACAUCUGGGUGGGCUUCCCAGGCAAGCCCUCAUGGGACGUGUUCGCUGAAAUCCUGGAGCGCUGCAACAUCGUCACCACCCCCGGCAGCGGCUUCGGGCCGGCGGGCGAGGGCUUUGUGCGCGCCUCGGCGUUUGGCAGCCGGGAGAACAUCCUGGAGGCGGUACGGCGGUUCAAGGAGGCGUACGGCACCCGGAACUGAGUGUUGUACGACAGCUUUGGUGUACGGCAUGGCUAGUAGGCUAGCUACCUGAACCUCAUGUACGACGGCAUGUCGGCAGCUCGUUGACUAUAGAAAGGAGUACAUAUCCGGAAUCCGGGCUUACCUGUGUAUGCGUACGUCGUACUUAUAGGGUACUGCUGCUGCGGCUGGUCCGGGUGUGUAUAGCGCGCGUGCUGCUGGAGGGGCUAGCUGAUAGCUGCUGCAGCAACUAGAUGCGAGUUAGAUGAGAGGGCAGAAGGAUUGGAGGGACUUUCUGCCUGUAAGGCCGGGAAGUCAUGAGAACGGGGUAACAGGUGCUGUGGUUAUAUGGUUGGAUGGGGCAGUGGAGUUGCCUGGUGCGACGUGGCGCUCUUUUGGUUCCACCUGCCAGAGGCGAGGUUAUCCCUGCUUGGCAUACAAUGGUGCCUCGUUCUCUCCUCCAUCUCGCCAUUUUUCCUUCGCACUGCAGCCUGUGCAUCUGCCCAUGACUAGACCAUGUUACCUGUCUGGUGGAACUGAUCUACCUAUUCCAGGCACGCCAGGCACGUAGGAAGGGUAUUUGAGACACCGAACUGCUGCCUAGAGCGGAGGGAGGGAUGAGGAGACGUGGCGGGGCGGCGGAAGCGGCGUUUUGCGAGGAGCGGCGGCUAGAUACGUAGUAAGAGGAGGUGCGAGCAGCCUGUGGUUGGGUGGUAUCGCCCCGGGGAUUGUGGGCAGUAAGGAGGGGGCUUUUGGCUUGGUUGCUAUUGCUAUGCCGGGUGGUGUAUGAAGGUUGCUGCGAGGGCCUUUGAGGAGUGCGUGGCUAGCGGUAGGUGAUUCUGGUUUAUCGGGCUUGUGCUGGUAAUGCUCAAGGUAUUUUCGAGCAGGGACAUUACGACGCUGCCAGCCUGCGACCACUUCGUGUUCCCUCUAAUUACCUAGCGUGCG